GUCGGAGCCUGCGACCGAGUGGGAGUGGAGUGGAGCGGCCGUUGUUGCCGACUCUUUCCUCCCCCACGACGGUCCAGUCAGCGGGUUGAUUAGGCCAUCGGCCCUCAAGCCGAGACUUGCCUCUUAUUUAGUUCUGGGGAGCGCCUGGCCGACAUGAGUGAUGUAGAGGAGAACAACUUCGAGGGCACGGUGAGUUAAUGUUCGUGAAGAAAUUGAAGAGUUUUUUCCAAGAAUGUGGAAGAUAAAUCAAGAUAAAAGAAGGCUAAUGAAAAGUAUUAAAGAUCAGAAAAUUAAAAUUGAAUGGGGGAAAAAAUUGAACAGAAGAUUGGUCAGAUAGAAGCACUUGAAUAUUUUUUUAAGGCUAUUUUGAAUUGUUUGAAUUGGGGAAGAAUACACGAAGUAUGAAAAAUGAAAAACUCAAUGAAGAAUGAAGAGAAGUAGAAAGCAAGAGUGAAGUAGAAUUAAAAGAAUCUGGAAGAAUGAAUGGGUCCUAGGUUAAGUAAAUGUAUGGUUUAUGUUCCAGUGUCUGUAUGAUCAAGUUGUAGAUGAAUUUGCAUGAUUACUUAGUUAAUAGAGAAUUGGUGAUCUGGUUCAAGUAGGGAAUUAUUGAGGACAGUUAGCAGUAUUAACAGUGGGUUAUUAAUGAGCUGAAAUUUUUUCUGGAGGGUGUUGCCUAACCAUUUGUUUUUCAGGAGCAAUCAAUAUAAAUAAUUACCAUACUUUAAAUGUUAGGUGUUAGGCAUCUAUGUGACCAGUGCCAUUUGUAAUACUGUCUUCUUUGUUAGGAGUCUCGCUCUCAGUCAAAAUCUCCAACGGGAACUCCUGCUCGUGUAAAAUCGGAGAGCAGGUCAGGAUCUCGUAGUCCAUCAAGGGUUUCCAAACACUCUGAAUCCCAUUCUCGAUCAAGAUCAAAAUCCAGGUCAAGGUCAAGGAGGCAUUCUCAUAGACGUUACACUCGAUCCAGAUCCCAUUCUCACUCUCAUAGGAGACGAUCUCGAAGUAGGUCAUAUACACCAGAAUACCGGCGUCGAAGGAGCCGAAGUCAUUCUCCAAUGUCUAACCGGAGAAGACAUACAGGCAGCAGGGCGAAUCCAGAUCCCAACACUUGUCUAGGAGUGUUUGGCCUCAGUUUGUACACAACAGAGAGAGAUCUUCGUGAAGUAUUUUCUCGAUAUGGACCGUUGAGUGGUGUCAACGUGGUUUAUGAUCAGCGAACUGGACGAUCACGAGGAUUUGCUUUUGUUUACUUCGAAAGAAUAGAUGACUCAAAGGAGGCUAUGGAAAGGGCAAAUGGAAUGGAGCUGGAUGGUAGAAGAAUUCGUGUGGAUUAUUCUAUCACCAAGAGAGCGCACACACCUACACCAGGCAUAUACAUGGGCAGACCAACUCAUGGUGGUGGUGGCGGUGGAGGCGGCGGUGGAGGUGGAGGAGGUGGCAGACGUCGGGAUUCUUACUAUGAUAGAGGAUAUGAUCGUGGGUAUGACAGAUAUGAAGACUAUGAUUACCGGUACAGAAGAAGAUCACCUUCUCCUUAUUAUAGUCGAUACAGAUCACGAUCAAGAUCUCGUUCCUACAGCCCAAGACGCUAUUAAUAAACAAUGAUUGCAGUUGAGGACAUCUUUUUCUCUUUAUUUUCUUUUUUCCUCUUUCUCCUUUUUUGUUUAAUUCUGGAUUUCUCCAAGCUUCUGAUCCUUCCUAGUCUUUAAAAAGAAUCCUUAAGAAAAAACUUUUGGUUUAUUUAGCAUCUAUACUUUGUCAAUUGUAUUGCUGUUUUCCACCCCUUUUAUUGUAUUCUUAAAGAUGUAAUUUUUGUCAUUUUGAGUAGUUAAACAUCUGGAGUAAAAAAAAAGAACCCUCAGUGUUACGCUUUUUGUAAAUGAUUUUUCUUUACUUUUACAGAAAACUAACUCCUGGCUAAUCAAAUGAGGAAAGAAAUGAUCUUUUUAAACCUUUUGUGUUAGAUAUUGUAUUAGAGAGAUGCAUUUACUACAAACUCCUUUUUAAACUUUCUUUUGGGGAAGUUAGUAAUACAGAGUAGUUCAGUCAUGUCAAGUUUGUCUGGGGUGGCAUGGAGCAGUCAAAUAGUUGAUUGUAGAAAGUUUGAAGCUAUAGAAGAAAAUACUUGAUCAUUUCUUUUGAAGAACGGAAUUUUUGAACCCUAAAAAUUAAGUCAUUUUUUAGAGAUGAAAAGCUUGUGGACUCCUAAAAAACAUGUUGUAUUUAAAAUACAUUUGUUAAAACUUAUAAACGUAAAGUGUGAUUUUUGUGUUGAAUUUAUUGACAUUUAAUUAUUAGUGGAGGACAAGCCCUUAUUUAUUAUUUAGAGCAGUUAUAUACUUUGCUGUUAGAAAUUUUGGUUUUGGGACAAUGGUUAAGCAGGCUAUUAUAUAGAGUCCUUAGAAGAUAGUGUGGGGGAAAGUAGUCUCCUUUCAAAUAAAAAUGAAUUUCUUUGAAAA